AUUCAACCACUGCCGGCUGCAGUCGCGUUUUAAAGUUCGAUAACAGUUGAUGUACCCUGCACCUGAAGCUUGAAAUACUUUUUCCUGUUGCAGCACUCGACGAAACUCGAAUAUACUUUAAGCUUUCUUAAAUGGCGUCGCCAGGAGAAGUUUACAUCGUGUCUGCCGCCAGAACACCGAUUGGCAACUUUUUGGGUACCGUCUCCUCGUUAAGUGCCGCUGAGCUGGGAUCAGUCGUCGUGAAGGAAGUUUUGACCCGAGCGAACGUUCCUCCGGCUGAUGUUGAUGAAGUUAUACUUGGCCAGGCACUCACUGCGGGGCAAGGUCAAAAUCCGGCUCGUCAAGCUGUACUGAAGGCAGGCCUCCCUAAAGAAGUACCGGCCUUUCUGGUCAAUAUGUUGUGCGGAUCGGGAUUGAAAACAGUGCACCUGGGUUAUCAGUCAAUACGCUGUGGAGACGCUCGUGUUGUCGUUGCAGGUGGACAGGAGAGUAUGUCAAGGGCUCCACAUGCGAUGUAUCUGCGAACCGGUACUAAAACGGGAGAAACCAAAAUGAUCGACACCAUGCUGGUUGACGGACUAACGGAUGCUUUUCACGACAUACACAUGGGAGUAACGGCGGAGAAAGUGGCUGCAGAAAAUGGUAUCACCCGAGAGCAGCAGGAUAGUCUUGCUGUGCAGAGCCAAAAGCAAGCUGAAGAGGCCCAGAAGAAGGGCUACUUUAAGGAAGAGAUAGUUUCUGUAAAGGUCCCUGGAAUUAAAGAAACAGUUGUAUUUGAAAAGGACGAGUUUCCUAAACCGGGUACGACAAUGGAAGAUCUCGCCAAGUUAAAAUCGUGUUUCAUCAAAGACGGAACUGUGACGCCAGGAAAUGCUGCAGGGUUGAAUGAUUCGGCCGCGGCCGUUUUGUUGAUGUCCGGCGAAGAGCUUCUAAAACGUGGCGCCAUGCCACUGGCACGAAUUGUCGCUACUGCUCAAACAGGUAUUUGUCCACAAAUCAUGGGAGUUGGACCGAUCAGUGCUGUGUUGAAAGUUGUGCAAAAAGCGGGAUGGAAGGUGGAUGAUGUUGAUCUUUUCGAACUGAAUGAAGCAUAUGCAGCUCAUUCGAUAGCUGUCAUCGAUGGUUUGGGCGUAGACCCGGCAAAAGUGAACAUCAAUGGCGGUGCCAUUGCGUUGGGUCACCCAGUUGGUGCCUCUGGAUGUCGUGUCUUGGUUACACUGCUGUAUGCUCUUAAGCGAACUAACGGCAAAAAAGGUGUAGCUUCUCUCUGCAUCGGCGGCGGAAUGGGAAUAGCUAUGGCCAUUGAAAUGGCAUAAUCAAUCAUUCAUUUGCAUAUCGAAUUCCGUUGAGGAUAUCUUGCAUUCCUUUACUGUAUACUUAUUUCAUUGAAUUGCGUGUAAUAAAAUGAAAUUCUAACUUUCAAA